GCUAUAUAAGGCGGAUCGAGGCAGGCGAGGGGGGCAGCGCUGCCGAGCGGAGCCCAGGAGUGGAGCGAGAGCGAGCAAGAGCCUGAGCGAAAAGACCGGGAAGCAAGGAAGAGGAAGCCUCCGGUGCAUCGGAAAAGGAUCGCAGGUGCUCGGGAGCCGGAGCUGGAGCUCCACAGCCGGCAGUCAUGUACCGAUCCACCAAGGGCGCCUCCAAGGCGCGCCGCGACCAGAUCAACGCCGAGAUUCGGAACCUCAAGGAGCUGCUGCCGUUGGCUGAAGCGGACAAGGUCCGGCUGUCCUACCUGCACAUCAUGAGUCUUGCCUGCAUCUACACUCGCAAGGGUGUCUUCUUUGCUGGAGGCACUCCUUUAGCUGGCCCCACCGGGCUUCUCUCUGCUCAAGAGCUUGAAGACAUCGUGGCAGCACUACCCGGAUUUCUCCUUGUAUUCACAGCUGAGGGGAAGUUGCUAUACCUGUCGGAGAGUGUGAGCGAGCAUCUGGGCCACUCUAUGGUGGACCUGGUUGCCCAGGGCGACAGUAUCUACGAUAUCAUUGACCCUGCUGACCAUCUCACUGUGCGCCAGCAGCUCACCAUGCCCUCUGCUCUGGAUGCUGAUCGCCUUUUCCGUUGCCGAUUCAACACCUCCAAGUCCCUCCGGCGCCAGAGUUCAGGCAACAAACUGGUGCUUAUUCGAGGUCGAUUCCAUGCUCACCCACCUGGGGCCUACUGGGCAGGAAACCCCGUUUUCACAGCUUUCUGCGCCCCACUGGAGCCAAGACCCCGCCCUGGCCCCGGCCCUGGCCCUGGCCCUGGUCCUGCUUCUCUCUUCCUGGCCAUGUUCCAGAGCCGGCAUGCUAAGGACCUAGCCCUACUGGACGUUUCUGAAAGUGUCCUAAUCUACCUGGGCUUUGAGCGCAGCGAACUGCUCUGUAAAUCAUGGUAUGGACUGCUACACCCCGAGGACCUGGCCCAAGCUUCUUCUCAACACUGCCGCCUGUUGGCUGAAAGUGGAGAUAUUCAGGCUGAAAUGGUGGUGAGACUUCAAGCCAAGCAUGGAGGCUGGACAUGGAUUUACUGCAUGCUAUACUCAGAAGGCCCAGAAGGCCCUAUUACUGCCAAUAACUACCCUAUCAGUGACACGGAAGCCUGGAGCCUCCGCCAGCAGCUAAGCUCUGAAGACACCCAGGCAGCCUAUGUCCUAGGAACCCCAGCUGUGCUACCGUCAUUCGCUGAGAAUGUCUUCUCCCAGGAGCAGUGCUCUAAUCCACUCUUUACACCAGCCCUGGGGACUCCUAGAAGUGCCAGCUUCCCCAGGGCUCCUGAACUAGGUGUGAUCUCAACACCAGAAGAGCUUCCCCAACCCUCCAAAGAGCUGGACUUCAGUUACCUGCCAUUCCCUGCUAGGCCUGAGCCUUCCCUCCAAACAGACCUGAGCAAGGAUUUGGUGUGUACUCCACCUUACACACCCCACCAGCCAGGAGGCUGUGCCUUCCUCUUCAGCCUCCAUGAACCCUUCCAGACUCACUUGCCCCCUCCGUCCAGCUCUCUCCAAGAACAGCUGACACCAAGUACAGUGACUUUCUCUGAACAGUUGACACCCAGCAGUGCUACCUUCCCAGACCCACUAACCAGUUCACUGCAAGGACAGUUGACAGAAAGCUCAGCCAGAAGCUUUGAAGACCAGUUGACUCCAUGCACCUCUUCCUUCCCUGACCAGCUACUUCCCAGCACUGCCACAUUCCCAGAGCCUCUGGGCAGCCCCGCCCAUGAGCAGCUGACUCCUCCCAGCACAGCAUUCCAGGCUCAUCUGAACAGCCCCAGCCAAACCUUCCCAGAGCAACUGAGCCCCAAUCCUACCAAGACUUACUUCGCCCAGGAGGGAUGCAGUUUUCUCUAUGAGAAGUUGCCCCCAAGUCCUAGCAGCCCUGGUAAUGGGGACUGUACACUCCUGGCCCUAGCUCAGCUCCGGGGCCCCCUCUCUGUGGAUGUCCCCCUGGUGCCCGAAGGCCUGCUCACACCUGAGGCCUCUCCAGUCAAGCAAAGUUUCUUCCACUACACAGAGAAAGAGCAAAAUGAGAUAGAUCGUCUCAUUCAGCAGAUCAGCCAGUUGGCUCAGGGCGUGGACAGGCCCUUCUCAGCUGAGGCUGGCACUGGGGGGCUGGAGCCACUUGGAGGGCUGGAGCCCCUGAAUCCUAACCUAUCCCUGUCAGGGGCUGGACCCCCUGUGCUUAGCCUGGAUCUUAAACCCUGGAAAUGCCAGGAGCUGGACUUCCUGGUUGACCCUGAUAAUUUAUUCCUGGAAGAGACGCCAGUGGAAGACAUCUUCAUGGAUCUUUCUACUCCAGACCCCAAUGGGGAAUGGGGUUCAGGGGAUCCUGAGGCAGAGGUCCCAGGAGGGACCCUGUCACCUUGCAACAACCUGUCCCCAGAAGAUCACAGCUUCCUGGAGGACUUGGCCACCUAUGAAACCGCCUUUGAGACAGGUGUCUCAACAUUCCCCUACGAAGGGUUUGCUGAUGAGUUGCAUCAACUCCAGAGCCAAGUUCAAGACAGCUUCCAUGAAGAUGGAAGUGGAGGGGAACCAACGUUUUGAAUAAGUCUGUGACUUAACGUCGUCAAGUAUGGCAUAUUGUCAUCAAGACGUGGAGCCGCUCUCCACCCCCCCGGGACUGUUGGGGGGAUUCUGGGGGCCAGAGGGGGAUAUAUCUGAUUCUCCAGGCCCUGAAGGAUUUAGGGGGGGAGGUGGGAGGGUAAGGGAGGGGAGCAACUUUUUAAAAUCAAGAGACUUCGAGCGAUCCCAGUUUCCAUUUCAAUCUGUAUUCACUCGUAGUGAGCUUCCUUGAAUGGAUUUCAAGCGGAGAAUGGGGGAGUCUCACUUCCCCACCGCGCUGCCCCAUGGGCCUGGGCCAGUUCUCCACUCCUAGGGGCAAAGCCACCCCUGGGCUUUGGUGGGGGAAAGGCAUGGCCCACCUAGGGCUAGCCUGUGCCCUGAGGGGCUCUUGACACCCACGUAGAAUUCUCUACAAACCAGUAACGGGAUUUCAAUUCCGACGGACUCUGCCGCCCUGGCGGCCCUUCCUGUGACUUUUGCGCCCCGCGCCUGGGGUGGGGGGCGCGAAGAGACGCUACAUUCCUUUCCGAUGGAGGAAGGCAGAUCUGCCGUCACACGUGUGCUUGCACGAGUGCGUGUACCUGGUGCGGGACUCACCCGGCCGCCAGACCGCCUAGGCUUGCCCAGGUGGCCACCUCGUGGUGCUGCGGUGACUUUGUAGCCAACUUUAUAAUAAAGUCCAGUUUGCCUUUUUGGUA